AUGGACGAAAUCGAAAUACCCCAUUAUUUCCUCUGCCCCAUAUCUCUCCAAAUAAUGAAAGACCCAGUCACCGCCGUCACCGGCAUCACCUACGACCGGGAAAGCAUCGAGCGGUGGCUGAAAACCCCGGCCGCCGCCGCAGCCGCCGCCGUCUGUCCAGUCACGAAGCAGCCUUUACCCCGAGCAGCAUCAGACCUCACCCCGAACCACAUGCUCCGGCGGCUAAUCCAGGCCUGGUGCGUCGUCAACGCCGACAGCGGCGUCGAUCGAAUUCCGACUCCGAAAUCUCCGGUCCGGCGAUCUCUCAUUCUCAAACUCGUCCGUGACGUCAGCAGAAUUAAUAGUGUUUCGUUAAACGGCGUCGCUUUGAAGAAAUUAGAGGAGAUUGCGGAUGAAGGUGAAAAGAACCAGAAAUUAAUGGCGGAAGCUGGUGUGGCGAAGGCGAUGGUUUCUUUCAUUGUACGGUGUUUCAAGGAUGUAAGAAACGUGGGAAUCGAUACUGCACUGAGAAUUCUACACCUCACGUGGGGGCCCACUUCAUCAGAAGCCAAGAAGAUCAUGGUCGGUGAAAACCUCGACUUCGUCGAAUCUCUGAUCUGGGUUCUUACCAUCGACGCGGAAAACACGGGUUUGAAUACCCAAGCUCUUUCAGUCUUGAAAAACGUAAUCGAAGUUGCGAAUUAUAGUUUAAUCGAGGGUUUGAAUACAGAAUUUUUCGAGAAAAUGGUGGAGUUUUUGAGGAUGAAUAUCUCGCCGGCGGCGACGAGAGCGGCGAUCCAGAUCCUUACAGAAACCUGUAAGUUGGGAAGAAGCAAGACGAAGAUAGUGGAGGCGGGGGCGGUUUUCGAGCUGGUGGAAAUGGAGUUGAGAAACCCGCCGGAGAAGAGGACGACGGAGCUUGUGUUCUGUCUACUGGCGCACCUGUGUUCGUUCGCCGACGGGCGGCAGCAGCUGCUGAGGCACGCGGGAGGGGUGGCGGUGGUGGCGAAGAGGCUGCUGAGGGUUUCAGCGGCGACGGACGACCUGGCUCUGUGCGUGCUGGAGUCGAUAGCGAGAUACUCGGGCACGGCGGCGGUGGUUACGGAGAUGAUGAGGGUUGGCGGCGUAUCGAAGAUGUGCAUGGUUCUGCAGACUGACUGCGCGGGUUACUUGAAGAAGAAGGCGAGUGGGAUUUUGAGGUUGCAUUCUAAUGCUUGGAGUAAUUCACCUUGUUUACAAGUUUAUCUCUUGACUAGGUGUCCUAGGUAGACUAAGUACUAACUCCAAAAUAAAAACAUUUUAUAUAUGUCUUAUAUAAUACAUAUGGGC